ACCUUUCACCUCUUCUUGCAGCACGCUGACACCCGUGUAGCUCAGUAGCGGUUCCUCGACUUACGACUAUUUUUUUUUUUUUAAGUGCGUGAUUCAUUGACUUUUUGAUGUCAUCGAUGUAGAUCAAAUUAUCUUAACUGGAAGUGACAAGUGUCAUUAGAAAAACCUUAAAGUUUUUUUUUCUUCUUCGAUCUUAUCUAGAUCUACUCAAGAUCUUUCUCACCGUGACUGGGAUGAAGCUGUUGACAUUUUCGUCAACCUUGAAUCUGUGUGUUGAUCCUAGUCCACUUUUCUGUUGACACUAAGCGUGCUACCGUUAGGCUUACUGGAACGCCGUGUGUGUGCCACACAGCUCUAGGAUAUUCAUUCAAUCUCCAGUUAUUUCGACAUGACGCCGCGAUACCCUUUCUUUCUCACAGUGUACGUGCGGUGAAAUUGAAUACAAGGCUACUGGAUGAGUCCCCCUUUUCAAUGGAUUACUACCCCUUGCCAUACCACAUUGUUGUGUGACCUAGAUAUCUGGGACAAUACGUGUAUAAUUAGUCAAUUAAGUGUACCAUUUGUCACCUGUAUUCGCUUCUCAACGGAUAUUAAGAUACUGGCUUAGGAUAAUCAGCGUAACUCAAGGAAUAUUUGCGUGUUAAAUAAUAUGAUACAAACAGCCAGGAAAAGUUUUAUUCUUUAUAACACUGAUGAUGAGGAGGAUUUAGACAUAGGAGUGAAUUCAGAAGCCAAUUCCAGGAGAAUUAACAAUGUUGAACAGAGUUUUGGUUCUUCUGGUCAGCCCCUUGGCCUACCUGGGAGAGUCCUCGUUGGAGAAGGUGUCCUGACAAAGAUGUGCCGUAAGAGAGCAAAGCCUCGACAGUUUUUCCUUUUCAACGAUGUUCUCGUAUAUGGAAACAUUAUUAUCCACAAAAAGAAGUAUAACAAGCAACAUAUAUUGCCUCUAGAAGAUGUCAAACUGGAUAAUGUUGACGAUGAUGGAAAUUUAAGAAAUGGUUGGAAAAUUAUCAGUCCCAGUAAAUCCUUUGUUGUCUAUGCAGCGACAGCCACAGAGAAGAAGGAAUGGAUGGCCCACAUCAGGAAAUGUGUGAAUGAUAUACUAGCAUUAAGAGGUAUCAGACAGAGCACUACAGUGGACUCUCCUGUUUGGGUGCCAGACUCAGAGGCUAAGACAUGCAUGCACUGUAGAAAGUCAGAGUUUACUGUCGUUAAUAGGAGGCACCAUUGUCGACAUUGUGGUAUAGUUGCCUGCAAUGCUUGCACCAGUAAAAAAUGGCUGCUCCCACUCCAGAGUUCAAAGCCGAUUAGAGUUUGCCUUACCUGCUACCAGAAAUUGUCCAAAGAGGCAACAGACAACAAUGUGACUAGAAAAUACUCUUCAGUUAUGACAAGUGGUGACAAUAGAAAUUCAUCGGGAGAAGAUUCCUCUGAUGAUGACGAUGAUCAGUUUAGAAAUGGUGGCUCUGAACAACUAGCUAUAAAUGAUGCACAUUUCCAGAGCUAUGACUAAUGCAGUACCGGUACACUUUGACUAGAUGUUGGAUCCUGAUCAAAAGCACUAUUUUAUAGAAUACAUCAUAUAUUCUUUUAGUUGAAUUCAAAACUAUUUUUAUACAUUAAAAUAUUUGGAGGAAAAAAAAAGGUUAGUGGGGGUGGGGAGCUUUUGUACUUGUAUUAUAUAGAAAUCCUUCAACUGGUGAGAUGAACAGUGUUUUGUAGCGCACUGCUAUAUUGUUUUGUGUGUUUUCAUUUUUUAACCCUGUUGAUAACAUUUGCAAUAAUAAAUCGAUUUUCAUCUUACUCGACUGUGGGCAAGAUUGAGGAAAGUCAAUGUUAAAGUCACUAUGUAGUAAAGUUCAUUGGGGUUAAAGUUCAGGGUGUAAUAGAAGCACAGGCUCAUUUCAGGUCGUGUAAAUAAAUAAGAUUGUAAUAUGGCUUCUGAGUGAGAACACUACCAAUACUUUGUUAGGGUCUUCCAGCUUGUAUAAGCAUUGCAGGCCAUACUCUAGACUGCACUGGUCCUCUGUAUUGCCUUGAAUGUGUUUGGCAAUCACAGAAGAGGAUGAUUACGCUACAUUUGUGAUAACAUUGAACUAUGAUUAUGUUAGAAUCCAUAUUUGUUGUUUACACUAUGAGAAUCUGUUUCAUGCAAGUUGAUUGCUAAUUAUGUAUUGAGAUGAUAACUUGUUUCAAGUUUAAGUCCUAUUGUAUUAUUCUCACUGCAAUGUAUGGGUAGGGCAGUAAGUCGACUUUAAAUUAUUCUCCAUCCACGUACGGAAAGUGUGACAUCUUUCAUAAAUAUUUCCGUUUCACAUGAUCACAGUGUGUCGCACAAAAUGUUCACAGUGAUGCUCGUAGAGGACAAACAAAAACUCGUAGAGAAAUGUUGAUGCUUUUUUUUUGUCUUUAGAACUGCUGCGUGGCCUUCUUCAUCUUGUUUCUUAAUGUGCAAUUACUUAACGAUGUAACAUAGUUUAUAUAAAUGCUGUGUCUGCUAUGACUUGAAUGAAGUCAAAUGUUGGCGUCUAAUGUAGUAUAAGAAUAGAACAGAAAAGACAAUAUUGUAAAUUUUAUGUACAUUACUAUCCACCAGUCAGAUGAUUAAGAUUUUUUUUUUUAACAAUAAUUCUCUAUGAUGAAGAUAUUUUUAUAAUUUUUUCUUUUAUUACCAUAUAUGUUUUGGUAUUUAAUCUUUACUAUUGAAAUAAUAUGUUGCAAUGGCAUAUUAGUUACAUGAGAAGUUGUAAAGGGAUAGUCUCUAGGCUUAAAAUGCCACAGAAUAUUGCAAGCAGGAACUUAAACGAUUUUGUUUAGUUCAUAAGGUUAUGAUGGCUGUUCUUUGUAUUUCCUAAUUAUUGCAGAAUGGUUACUUAUUCACUGGCUUGUCUUAAUUUCUUGUUCAAAGUAUGUCUCCUGUCAACUAGUGCUUACCGGGUACCAAUCUUUUUAAGCCACAGUCUUGAUUUAAGUUUGAGCAAAACUUUACCACAAACCUCCCUGUGCACAGAUUUGUUUCCAUACUGGUUAGAACUGGUUUUUAGUCUUAACAUUAUCCCCUAUUGUUUUGUUUCAUUGUACAUAUGGCCCUAAGGUAGCCAGUGUCUAUAUUCCAGUACACUGGUAUCUCUUGAUAGUGUUGUGACUUAACUGUGUUUCUGUAUGCAUGUCUGAUAGUAUUCUUGAUUUCACAGCAUAAUUAUGUGCAGCCUAAUUUAAUAUGAAUCAUACUGAGACCAUUCAUUGACCAGCAAUGUCACAACCUGUGGGCAAGACCUGUGAUGUGGCAACAAGCUAUUGGUCUAAACUGACCACAUGUUGUGAUGUUUCCAGUCAGUGUUCAGGCCCUCUAUAACAACUGGGUCUCGAUCAUACUCCUAUUUAUAUGUUUGACUAAGUAAAAUAAAAAGAUCAAAUAUUUUAUUUCCCUUACACUCGCCGAGACGUCAGAACUGUAAGCUAAACUCAUUUCAUCAGGUGGAACUUAGCAGGUUUUUGUCUUAUUUAUUAAUGAAUGUAUAUUUUAAUUUGUAUAAUACAUUUUGUAAUUAUUUGAUUGCAUCAAAACAAUUUUUAUUGGAUCAAGUCAAUACUCCCCAUGUUACUAAUUGUUAUCACCCGAUAGAUUAGUAUAUCAACAUGUGACCUGCAGAAAGUCAUCUGUGACUUAUAAAAAUUUUCUGUUUGUUAAGUCUAGUGUUAACAGCUCAGGAACAAGGUGAUAGAUCACAGACUUUAACAUAACAAAUAAACGUGGAAGACUAGCUCUUCUGUUGUUGCAAUUUUGUACAUUGUGUUGCUUCCCUUUUAAAACUGAAGUAUUCAGACAAAAUUCACUCUGCUCGACAAUCUCUUUACUUGGUCUGUGACCUCCCUUUGAUUAUCUCACUUAUAAUUAACUAAAUGGCACAAGGAAUUAACAUUGGCGCCGCAGUAAUGUUUGCAUUGGAUGAUCAGAACAUGAGUUGCUUAGCUUGAAUGUGUUAUGUAUGCUAUGGUCAGUAAAAUGCAAGACUUCACUUAAUCAAGGUUAUAUAGGAUGGCUGCCUGGUCGUUCAGUUGUCUCAAUGGUCCCGGGUUCAUACCCAGCCUACUUCCAUUCUCCAGUUGUCCUGCCGGAGGUUAGGAAGUAGAUUAUCUUCAACUCUGAAGGAACACCCAAAACAUUUUAAAAUCUAUAUAUUAAAGGAAGAUAAUUAAGCAGUGAUGCCAAAACUAUGGCCUACAGGCUUUACCCUAGCUUUGAUGGUGUGCUAUGCAGGCCCUUAAAAACAUUCUGUGCAUAAUGAAGCAGUAGAAGGCAAGUUCCUUUGGACUCCUCGUAUGAUUUUGAUGACUUAUGUGGGACCGUCAUAAACUUUUUUUUUUUAUGAUAGGUCUUUUCUUCUUUUUAGUGCAAUUGUUAUACAAGCCAUUGUUAUUUGUAUACAUAAUAAAUGUAAAUGAUGACUCAAUUUAUUAGUUCAUUGAAAUUUAGUUACUCUUGUCUGUUUCUAGGUAGUUUUAUAUUUACUGUAAUAGCAUAAAAAAAUUAUUAUGAAAUAAAUAAUUUCUCUUCAAGUUUUGUUUUAGUCAUAAACAUGUGUUAAUGUAAUGAAAAGUUCCAUGGAAUAGAUUUAUAUCAAUUGACCUAUUAUAAUUAAAUUUUUAAUGAUCUUUUCUUUUACUUUGAUUGUCAUCCUUUAAGUAGUCCAUGAAAAGAUUAUAUUUCAUUGUUAUAAUUAAUUGCACCUAUCUUUUGUUAAAUCUUUAAUAAUCUUUUUUUUUAGUUUUUCAUCCCCUAAGUAGUCCAGGUAAAGGUUGUUUUGUAUUGUGGCACCUUGUAACUCUCUUGUUGAAGAAAUACUUCACAGAAUGUUUAGAACAAUUUCGCAUUAGCUUGUUCGUUAGCCCAAGUUUCACAAGACUGGGUGGACGCAAGAACUGAUCAAAUUUUUUUUUAGGUCUCUAAAUUUUGCUUACAAUAGUUGAAGGUUUUCGCAGUGUGCCCAAGUAUGUCUAUAUUAUUGUUACAUUAUCUUUGCUGUAUGUACCAACCGAUAUAAUUGUGUUAAAUAAUGAUUCUGUUUCAAUGACUCUUUUUGCCUUUGUUCAUAAUUCUUUGUUGAAACUUGAUUACAUUUGUUUAACAAAUCA